CUAGCAAAGCACAAUGUUAACAAAAACAAGCGACUAAGUAGGUAAUUCAAUUUCCUAUUAGAUUGUAAUUUUCGUUUUCUAAUUUAAAUGGCCGUGUCUAUCGAUUUAUGUUUAAAUUAUAACAAAAUGAAUGAUCCCAUAUAUGCAGGGACAUAAUGACUCACGAGACACUGUAAGCUAAGGCAUUUAGUCAUGUAAUUAUUUAUAAUUUUAAAUUAUAAUUUACCUACAAGUGUGAUAUUAAUGUUACGAUAUAAUUUUGUUUAAUUUUUUAAAAUUUAGUGAAUAUUCACGUUUUUUAAAACUUUUAAAUCGUUCUAUAUUGUGCUAUUACAAAAUAAUCGCGAAUCACUAAUUUUACCAGUUCGCUCAUAUGCGACUUGUUUGUAUUUACUUAAAAUAUGGUAAUUGAAAUGAAGCCAGUUACUGGAAAAAAAAGUGAUCAACAGCAGCAACCCAAACAAACAAAAUUAACUAAGGAAAUUCUCGAUGACCUUAGUUGUCGCUUUAUAAUUAAUGUUCCCGAAGAAGAGAGACAAAAUCUAAUUAGGAUAUGCUUUCAAAUUGAAUUAGCUCAUUGGUUUUACUUAGAUUUUUACUGUGGUGAACACAACUUGAAGCCUUAUGGUAUCAACCAGUUUGCUUUACAUAUGUUUCGGCAUAUACCAUUUUUAAGAAGUCGUGAAUCACAAGUAUUGGAUGUACUAAAAGAAUGGCGUGAAUAUAAAAGAUCAGUACCUACAUUUGGUGCUAUUCUAUUAAAUGAAGAUAUGACUCAAGUGUUACUGGUCCAAAGUUUUUGGACUAAAACAUCUUGGGGUUUCCCUAAAGGCAAAGUAAAUCAGGAUGAAGAUCCACUGAAUUGUGCAGUUAGAGAGGUUUAUGAAGAAAUAGGUUUUGAUAUUGGAAAUAUGAUUAAGAAAGAUGAUUAUAUUGAAACCGUAUUAAAUGAUCAAAUCAAUAGAUUAUAUAUUGUUCCUGGUGUUAGUAUGCAGACAAAAUUUAUCCCCCAAACUCGCAAUGAGAUUGGAUCAAUUUCAUGGUUUCCAUUAGAUAAACUUCCUUCUAACAGAAGAGAUCACAUAGCUGCUAGGAAUCAAAAUCAGAAACAUUCCUACUCUUUUUAUAUGAUACUGCCAUUUAUCAGACAAUUGAAAAGUUGGGUAUCUAAAAAAAAUGUGAAAGCAAAAUUAAAUAGUAAAACGGGUAAAAAACUUAAAUCUCCUAUGCAAAGAGAUCUUAAAGACUCUAUUAGCAAUGGUUCUACGCCAAAUAAAAAGAAUGAUAAUAUAAAUGAACUUACUUAUCAAACACAGGAGUUUUUUGCUAUGUUUCCUGAAAGAUAUAGUUCGCCAAAAACUCUUAAUGUUUCAUCUAAUUGUAAUAGCCCAACACAAACGCAACAGAAUUCUUCUGUUACAGUUACUGAAUCUAAUGCUAUUUCGGAAGCUAAGCUUAAAGAAUUUUUCGCCUUGUUUCCUCAAUGUUUGGAAGUUUCAAAGUCGCCUAUUGUGCAAAAAGACCCAAUCGCUCCUAUCAAGGUCAUUGAUAAUUUUAAAAGUAACAAAAUUGAUAUUAAGAAAACAAACCCUUGGCCAGAGUUCAAAUUCAACACAGCAGAAAUAAUGAAGUAUUUUUAAUCAUUCGACAACUAUACAAUUUCUUCAUCCUUUCUCAAAAUCAUUGUCAUUUACUGUUUUUAACAAUUUUAUUUUGUAACUCAAUUUCAUCCCUUUUUAUAAAUUUUUGUAAUAGUUUUUUUCUUAAAAGUUAAAUAACUUUUUAUUAUUAUAUAUUUCAUUUAUAUGUAUUAUCAUCUCAUUUCAUUUUGAUAAGGUAAUAUUUAUUUUGCAAUAGUAUAAAUGGAUAUAAUUUUUACAUAAAUAGUCAUGUAAAGUUUUUUUAUAAGUAUUAGAAAUCCUUCCUCUAUUAUUGACAACACUAUUUUUUCACUAUUCUCGUUCUAUAAGUUAUAAUUUCAUACAAUUUUUGUUCUAAGUGUAAUUCUUGAUUUAUUGUCAUAAAACAUUUAUUAUUUUUAGAUGAAACUGUUAUGAAACCAAUAAACUAUACCAUCUCCCCGAUA